AUGGCUCUCAAGGGGAAGUUGGAGACUCUCCUAGAACUCAAGUCAAGUCCUAAUAAAUUCUUGAGUCUCUGGAAGGAGCAAGCUCAUCAGGUUCCUAACCACGCUCCGACCAAUAUUCAAGGAGUUCAUGUCCAUGACGAUGAUUGGGUCACCCCCGACUCCAUCAAGGUCUGGAGGUACACUAUAGAUGGAAGAGCUGAGGUCUUUAAAGAGAAGAUUGAAUUUGAUGAGGAGAAGAAGAUAGUAACUAUAAUUGGUCUGGAAGGUGAUGUAUUCAAGAUUUGCAAGGUCCUUAUUGUCACCUGGAAACUCACACCCAAGGGUCAGGGGAGCUUGGCAAAAGUGACUCUUGAAUAUGAGAAGCUGAAUGAGAAUGUUCAUGUUCCUUAUAAGUACUUGGAUUUUGUGAUUAGCAUGACUAGGGAUAUUGAUGAAGGAAUCUCCAAGAGAUUCUUUUCACCAAUCUUCUUGCCCUUCAUGAGCACGAAAACCCUUUGGUUAACUCUCAUGACUCCACCAUGA